GCCCCCUUGGGAAAGUACAUAUCUGGGAGCAGCAGGCGGCUCCGCGCUCGCACUCCGGCUCGGCCGCCCCACCGCGCGCUCGCCUCGCCGCUCCCGCCGCAGCCCCAGGGCCCCUCGCCGCCGCCACCAUGGACGCCAUCAAGAAGAAGAUGCAGAUGCUCAAGCUCGACAAGGAGAACGCCUUGGAUCGAGCCGAGCAGGCGGAAGCCGAUAAGAAGGCGGCGGAGGACAGAAGCAAGCAGCUGGAAGAUGAGCUGGUGUCGCUGCAAAAGAAACUCAAGGGCACCGAAGAUGAACUGGACAAAUACUCCGAGGCUCUCAAAGAUGCCCAGGAGAAGUUGGAGCUGGCGGAGAAAAAGGCCACAGACGCUGAAGCCGACGUAGCUUCUCUGAACAGACGCAUCCAGCUGGUUGAGGAAGAGUUGGAUCGUGCCCAAGAGCGACUGGCAACAGCUUUGCAGAAGCUGGAGGAGGCUGAGAAGGCCGCGGACGAGAGCGAGAGAGGCAUGAAAGUCAUUGAAAGUCGAGCCCAAAAGGAUGAGGAGAAAAUGGAAAUUCAGGAGAUCCAACUGAAAGAGGCCAAGCACAUUGCUGAAGAUGCCGACCGCAAGUAUGAAGAGGUGGCCCGUAAGCUGGUCAUCAUCGAGAGUGACCUGGAACGCGCGGAGGAGCGGGCUGAGCUCUCAGAAAGCAAAUGUGCCGAGCUUGAAGAAGAAUUGAAAACUGUGACGAACAACUUGAAGUCACUGGAGGCUCAGGCUGAGAAGUACUCUCAGAAGGAAGACAAAUACGAGGAAGAGAUCAAGGUCCUUUCUGACAAGCUGAAGGAGGCCGAGACUCGGGCUGAGUUUGCGGAGAGGUCAGUAACUAAGUUGGAGAAAAGCAUUGAUGACUUAGAAGACCAACUCUACCAGCAACUUGAGCAAAACCGCCGCCUAACUAACCAACUAAAGCUGGCCCUGAAUGAGGAUUAAACUUAAGUGGGAAAGAGCUUGGGCUGAAUUCUAGGAAUGGAGGCCAUGGGCAGGAAAUCUAAGACUGCCAUACCUUCAACUAAUAGGGCUGACAACACUUGCUUUCUGCAGAAUUGUACAUGGAAGGGAUUAGCUGAAAAGCUGGCUUCACCUGCAUUUUCCUCUUAUAUCUGGAAUAAUUAAGUUAUCUUUAAACCCCGAAACUGCUUUUGUGGUAAAAUUACGUAUAUGUAUAUGGAUUAAAUAUUUAUAACAAUUCAGCAAUCGCAGGUCCUCUUGUUUGAACUGAUUCUAUUUCCUACAGAGAACUGAGUCCUGCUUUAAGUUAGAAAGCCAAAGCAGAGGAGUAACUAUACACACAUAUAUAUAUUAUAUAUGGGAUCCAAUAUAUAAUAUGUAUACACACAUAGCUAUUACGUAUUCAUAUUCCUAACUUCAUAAUAUCUGGUAUAGUGUUUGAUUAAGUGUACCUAUGCUUGGGCAAAAUAGCUUUUGAAAACAGAAGCUCAUGUCAGAAGUCCCUGAUUGUCUGAAAGGUAUGCUUUUAUUCCGUCUUGUGGUGGUGUUGGAACCUGGUGAGAAUGUCAUGCUAAUAAUAAAUAGAACACUAUAAGAAUAGUAAGAGAAUGUCCUACUGAAGUGUGCAUGAAAUAUGUUGAUACUCAUUUUUUUUUAAUGAGCAGCAGAAAUAAAUCGUUUUAAAAGUUGUCAGAAAACCUACUUAUGUCAUCUUUGUCUUCUGUGAGAUUGUGUUACAACACAGCUCCUAGACCUUUACCUGCCUGUAAGUCAGAAAUGUCUGCUGUAUUAACUGCAGUGCUGCAGGUACCCGUCCCUGUCCCCACGGCGUACGGCCCGUGGACCUCCGCCAAGCCCCACCGGCGCUUUAUUCUGAGUGGACCCUUGGUGAAGGUUCAGCCGACCGCUCUGUGAGAGCCUGCUGUGCCUGUAGUUCCUUUGGGUCAAAGACGUCUUCCCCCUUUGUGGGUCCUUGUCUGGAAAUG